AUGAUCACUUUGACAGUCGUCCGACAUGGCGAAUCGACCGAUAAUUUGAAAGCCCUCUGGGCAGGCUGGGCUGACGCUCCCCUAUCUAAUCAUGGCAUGAACCAAGCCAAGGCAUUGGGCAAGUCCCUCGAGAGCACCAAGCUGGACGCUAUCUUUGCUUCGCCCCUUCUCAGGGCUCUGUGGACGGCACAGCAGGUCGAGAAGCAACAGCUCGCCGAUCCAAAACCUAGCUUUACGGUCUCGCCCCUUCUGCGAGAGCAGCACUUUGGAAUAGCUGAGCAAAAGCCCUUCGGUGAUGGUAAAGGCGCAUACCAUCGCGAAUCUGGACGUUCGUUCCGCUUUCCUGAGGGUGAGAGCUUGGACGAUGUUCGCGAUCGGGCGAACAAGGCCAUAGCAGCGUUUAUCGAGCCCGUCUUGAAGGAGUGCCACGGAUCUGCAGCAGCAGACAAACACCUCAUGGUAGUUGCUCACGGGAUCUUCAAUGCGGAGUUCAUCGGCGCUUUCUUGGCUAGGCGUAACGAUCCUCGGCCUGUCGAGUGGGCAUAUAAGGGUAUGACAAAUACCGGUUGGACUCGCUUAGAAGUCGGCUACACCGACGAGCAAAUGACCGAGUCCGCACCCGUUGUCAAGACCAACCCAGAAGGUCCCGUCCCAGCGUCUUCUGUACCUAAAGAAGCCCCGUCGUCAAGGCCCGACGGCUCCCCGCUCGCCGUCCGCAUUCUCUGCUCGGACGUAACCAAGCACCUAGACGGGGUGCACCGGCAGAAAGGUGGGAUAGGGAGUCAGGGAUUCGACGAGAAGCAAAAGGACCUUCGCGCGUUCUUCAGCGGAGCAAAGUAG